AUGAAUUCGCUGCCGCACUCCUCUUUGCAUUUUAGUUAUACAAGUCCAACUAAACAUGUCAAACCAGAAUUAAAUGACAGUAAACGUCAAAAACAACAAACUCUAUGUGUGGAACUUUCAUCCUUUUUAUUCGACAUAUUUUGCCAAAGAGUCGUUUUGCCAAAAUUAUCAGGCGAACAUGAUUGGUUUUUCCAUGUUCGAGACAUUCUUCAUCGUGCAUAUAUGAAAAAAGAACUUACUGAAAAUGAGCAAAAUUUGGUUGAAAAAGUUGAGCAAGAGGCCAUUUCUAAAUACUUUACUACCGAUCAACGGCGUUGUCUACUUAAUUUAAAUGUGAGUAUGGGCGAGCCAUGUAGCCACCACUCAAUGGAUCCAGAUGAACUAUCAAAAGAAGUAAAAAAUCUUGCGUCAGAAUGGCUUGAAGGUGAUGCACGACAAACUGUAGAAGCACUUAUCAAAGCUAUGCAGAAUUCUAUACCAUUAAAUAAAUCCAAAUGA